AUGGCGCGAUUUGUCAAGACUAGUGUGUUGGGUGGGAAUUUCGAAACGCCAGACCGGUAUACUGGGCUCGAAACUCUGAAAAUUGGCGUUUCUGGGAUUGUGUGCUCUUCAUGGGAUCAAAUCGGCCAGCAAUAUGUUGCGGUGAAGAAGGUCUUCGAACCGUUCAGCACGCCAGCGACUACUCAGUGCAUAUUUAGAGAAGUCAAGCUGUUGAAGCACUUGCAGCAUGAAAAUAUCAUCCGCCCGCUCGAUAUCUUUAUAUCGCCCACGGAAGAUAUAUAUCUCGUUACGGAACUGAUGCAGACCGACCUGCGAACGCUUUUGACGACGAAGUCUAUCGGUCCCGAGUUCAUUCAGUUCUUCCGAGGGUUGAAAUAUGUUCAUUCAGCUGGUGUAGUCCAUCGCGAUCUUGACCCCGGAAACAUUCUGAUCAAUCAGAACUGUGAUCUCAAAAUAUGCGAUUUUGGGCUGGCGCGAGUCCAGGAGCCGCAGAUGACAGGCUACGUUUCUACCAGAUACUACCGCGCGCCAGAGAUUAUUUUGUCAUGGCAGCGAUAUGACGAAGAGGUUGACAUCUGGAGUGCCGGAUGUAUCUUUGGCGAAAUGUUGCAAGGCAAACCUCUCUUUACAGGAAAGAACGAUGUAGAUCAGUUCAGUGCUAUCACCAAGUUGCUUGGAACCCCUGAAGAGGACGUUCUGGCCGGAAUGACUUCAGAAAGCGUCAGUGGAUACGGACCUACAGGAAUAUUGACCCUGGGCUUCCUCCAGACACUCCCCAAACGCGAGGGCAUAGGUUUAUCAAGCACAUUUUCAGAAAUUGACGCAGCUGCACGCGAACUGCUUCAACAGAUGCUGGUUUUCGAUCCUUAUGAUCGGAUAUCUGCAGCUGAUGCUCUUGAUACCCAGUAUCUUGCCUCUUACCAUGAUCCUACAGACGAACCCGUUGCCGGAGAAAAGUUCCAUUGGAGAUUCAAUGGCAGUUACCUUUCGGAUGAUGCCUGGAAACAGAAGUUGUACGCCGAGGUACUGGAAUACCAUAAACAAGCAGAGGUCCAAGAGUCUGUCAAGCGGUGGACUCAGAGUACUGCAGUCGCGCAGAAUUGA